AUGGAGCCUAGGGUGAGUGGCACUCAUGCAGAUGCUAUUUGUGGUAGGUUGGGUUUUGAUAAUUGGAUUCGAGUUGAAUCUCUGGGCUUCAGUGGCGGUAUUUGGAUUUUCUGGACUGAAAAUAACUUUAGCAUUCAGCUUAUUGAAUCUCAUCCUCAGUUUUUUGCUUGUAAAGUUCUGCCUGUGUCUGGUGUUUCCUGGAACUUUUGCUUUAUUUAUGCUAGCCCCUAUAGCCCAUGCAGACGUAUCUUGUGGACCGACUUGAAGCUUGACUCUGUUGAUUUGAGUGAUGAAUGGAUGGCUUUGGGUGAUUUUAAUUGUGUCCCUUUCCAAUCUGAGCUUCAGGGAUACAAUACAUUUAAUAUUUCUGGAGCAAAACUUUUUUCGGAUUGGAUUUUUGAUAAUGGUUUGCUAGAUAUGGGUUUUGAAGGCUCGGCUUUUACUUGGUCUAGGGGUCUGUCUUCUCAUUCCCUUCAAAGGGCUCGGCUUGAUAGAGCCCUCUGCUCCCCUAAUUGGCAAUUUCGUUUUCCACAUGCUUAUGUUACUCAUCCUGCCAAAUUUCAUUCGGAUCAUUGUCCUCUGGUGGUUUCUUUGAACAGACAUGUGCACCGUAUGGAGGGUCCUUUUCGUUUUCAGCUUGCAUGGAUGAAUCAUGCAGAUUUGGGGAUGAUUAAUUUGGCUUCGAAUUUACGCCUUUGGAAUCGAAAUUCUUUUGGUAAUAUCUUCAGCAGAAAGAAACGUAUUUCGGCUCGGAUUGCUGGAAUUCAGAAAACUCUCUCUACUGGUGGUCCGCAACAUUUAUUAAAAUUGGAACUCAAACUAAAAAAGCAGUUGGAGGAUAUUCUAGAACAAGAAGAACUCUUUUGGUUCCAAAAAUCCAAGGAAGAUUGGAUUGUUUCUGGAGAUCGGAAUACUUGGUAUUACCACCUUUCUACUUUGGUUCGUAAUAAGAAAUCUCCGGUCACUCGGCUAAUGGAUGAUAUGGGUAAUUGGAUUGAGGAUUCUAUUCAGCUUCAAGCUCUUGUGAGAGACUUUUACUGUAAUCUUUAUACUCUUGAUAGAGCUUCAGAGUUAAAUAGGGCCAGGUCGGGCCUUCUUACAAGACUCAAUAGCACACAUAAUCUCAUUCUUAAUGAGGAUUUUUCUAGGGAUGAGGUUACUGCUGCUUUUAAGUAA